AUGCCAUUAUUAUCUGUUUACAAAUUUUAUAAUUCAAUAAUGGGCUGUUGUAACUCCAGAGAAGAAGAAAAAGAGCCUGCAAGAAAGCCUAAGACCCCUGAUCAAUUCCUAAAACGCAAGAAAAAGCUAAAACGCUUUAAUUCAAAUCAAGCCGCUCUUAAUGGCAAUAAAACUCCCGAAUCUAAUAAUAGCCAAAUGACUACAAAAAGUCUUAAGCCAAUGGAUCCAGAUUGUGAUAAAUCUUCAUCUAUGGAAUCAGAGAAAACCUCUCGCACUCGAAGAUUUUCACAAUCUAGUUUAAAUCUAAUUCAGCCAAUUUUUUCGAAAUCAUCAAAUGGAAACAUUAAAACCUUAAAAGUCUUCGCUAAAAGCGACUUCGGAAGUGUCAAACUUAUAAGCACCUAUGAAUCUGACGCUAAGAGAGUAAUGAAAAUAAUUGAUUUGUCAAAAGUUAGAGAGACUGAAGAAGAUUUAGUGAAACUGCGAAAAAUAAAGGAAUUGGUAAAAAUUAUGCAGGAUCAUCCAAAUAUAGUUAAGACUUAUGAACUAAUCAAAACCCAAAAUUCCAUCUACUUGGUAAGGGAAAAUCUGCAAGGAGGCAGCUUACUUGACAGAAUAUCUAAAGGCAAUAUAUCAGAAGAGCUGGCUUGUAUAUAUAUUCAUAGUAUCUUAUCAGCUCUAAGCUACUGCCACAAUAAAAAGAUCGUGCAUGGCAACCUUAAGCCAAAUAAUAUUCUUUUUGCUUCAAGAUUAGAUCACACAUCAGCUAAAUUAAUCAGCUUUGGCUUAUCCUGAAACAAAAUAAAAAUGUCUUCCAAUUUAAAUGCUGUAAUAAUAAUUUAGCUCCAUUUUGCAGCUCCAGAAAUUCUUGAAGGGAAAAAUGAAAAUGCAAAGAGUGAUAUAUGAAGCCUUGGAGUUAUAUUGCACAUGAUGCUUAUAGUAAGACCCCCUUUCCAUGGAGAAACUGAUCAUAUUCUAAUUCGAAGCAUUGAGCACGGCUUCACGAUGGAUAAAAAUCUUUUCCUGUAUUAUUCAAGUGAAGCCCAAGACUUAUUAGAAAAAAUGUUGGUAUCUAAUCCAAAUGAGAGAAUUUCUGCUGACGAAGCUCUAGAUCAUCCUUGGUUUAAUAGGACUAUUAUGAAGCAAAAAUCAUUUAUUCGAUUUUUGAAUUUUCAUGUAAUUUUAAUUUAGACCAAAAAUAAAAUUGAAAAAGCGAUUUUGGUUUCAAUAAUAAAUCAGCAAAGUUUAUUUGAAGAAAAAGAGCUUAAAAAUAUAUUUGAUAUUCUUGAUGCCGAUCAUAACCAGUCAAUAAAUAUUAAAGAAUGUUAUGCUAACCAUAGUUUAUUUGGGUUCACAGAUCACAAAGAAAUGAAAGAAAUUGUGGAAAAAUCCAAUAUUGAUGAUAAUUAUAAAUUCGAUUUUACAGUAUUUGUUACCGCCUUUACUGAUUGAAAUGCUCCAGACCAAAUCGCAAAAAUUAAAAAUGCGCUGAUGCCAUAUGAUGAAAAUAAUGAAGGGUAUUUAAACGUGGAUAAGCUAAAAUUAUCUUUUCAUGAAUAUAAAAAUGAAGAAUGACAAGAAUUUUUCGUAGCUGCUGACAUAAACAAUGAUAAAAAAACUAGGAUUCAGAAACUUGUGCAAUUUUUGAGUAGAGGAAAGUCUGAAAGACUUCCAAAUAUAAAUAUAAUAAUGGCCUAA